AGCCCACAGGCCGUAUAAAGCCUGCAAAAUCAUUUUGGCCUGGCCCUGCCAAGGGAACCUCAGGUGGGAUUGGAAAUCCAAUAGACCUAUAGCAGACUAAUGUUGAAGUUGAUAACUUCGGGUGGUCUGUGAGUGAUGUCAUCAAUACUCAACUGGCACUCGGCAGCAAAAAGGUCCCCAGCCCUGGACUCAGACGUUAGAUGCCAUUAAGGAACUGCAAGUUGAAGCAACAAGGAGGCCAGCUGCGGACCUGCUUUGCCUGCUUCAAGGCUGCCUUCCUGGACCUGAAAGACGCGCUGGAGCUGGAAGACUGGGACGAGGACGCCUGGGACGCGGAGCCCAUGGAUCUCACCGAGGCAGAGCCUGAGCAGGAAGGGGCGCCAGGGGCGGGGCCGAGCGGGGGGCAGGGCCAAGGGCAGCCUGGGCAGGGGAGCUCCGCGGGCUGGGCGGCCGAGGCCCUGGCAUCCGCCCCGGCAGCCUCGGAGGCGGUGAGCCUGAACCACCACUUUGUCCCCACCGAGCUGGAUCCCCAGGACGCAGUGUCCCUGUGCCUGGGUCCUGAGGACUCUGACUGGACCCAGGUCCUUCCCUGGAGAUUCGAGGACAUUCCCUCCUGCUCACACUGGCCCAGUCUCCCUCCCCCAUGGCAAGGUGUUCUCAAUGUGGACUUGUCCUCUGGGGACUCCCAGGCUUGAGGCCUGGUUACUGGACCUGUAGUUUUGUCCCUGGUGGGUACCAUGAUGCCACCUACCUCUGAAAGAUGACAGAGACUGGGUCCUGAGGGUGCUGGGAGCUUGCUGGGGACGGAUGAGGCUGGGUGGUGAGACUCCAAGAUGUUCCCUGGUGCAGGACCCCGGCUGUAGAAACCUGCUCCUUGAGGUGGGAUGAAGAACUGGGCCCCCA